GACGGAGGCAGAGCGGGCGGGCGGCGCGGAGCCGAGCGGAGCCGAGCGGGCGGCGGCGGAGCCGAGCCGGGCCGGGAUCAUCAUGGGUCAAACCGGGAAGAAAUCUGACAAGGGACCAAUUUGCUGGCGGAAACGUGUGAAGUCAGAAUAUAUGAGACUGAGGCAGCUCAAGAGGUUCCGGCGUGCGGAUGAAGUAAAGAGCAUGUUUAAUUCCAAUCGCCAGAAGAUACUGGAAAGAACUGAAAUCUUAAAUCAAGAAUGGAAACAACGUAGGAUCCAGCCUGUUCACAUCAUGACUUCUGUGAGCUCAUUGCGCGGGACCAGGGAGUGCUCCGUUACCAGCGACAUAGAUUUCCCAAAGCAAGUCAUCCCUCUGAAGACUCUCAACGCCGUUGCUUCUGUUCCUAUAAUGUAUUCUUGGUCUCCCCUUCAACAAAAUUUUAUGGUAGAGGAUGAAACUGUGUUACAUAACAUUCCAUAUAUGGGAGAUGAAGUGCUUGACCAGGAUGGUACCUUUAUUGAAGAGCUGAUCAAGAACUAUGAUGGGAAGGUGCAUGGAGACAGAGAAUGUGGAUUUAUCAAUGAUGAGAUAUUUGUUGAGCUGGUCAAUGCACUUGGUCAAUAUAGUGAUGAUGAAGAUGAUGAUGAUGGAGAUGACAAUCCUGAUGAGAGAGAUGACAAGCAGAAAGAUCGGGAAGGUGCCAGGAUGGAGAAGGAAAGUCACCCACCUCGGAGAUUCCCUUCUGACAAGAUCUUUGAAGCCAUUUCCUCCAUGUUUCCAGACAAGGGUACAGCAGAAGAGUUGAAAGAGAAGUACAAAGAGCUCACUGAACAGCAGCUUCCUGGAGCUCUUCCUCCCGAGUGCACCCCAAACAUCGACGGACCAAACGCCAAGUCGGUUCAGAGGGAGCAGAGCCUGCACUCGUUCCACACGCUCUUCUGCAGGCGCUGCUUCAAAUACGAUUGCUUCUUGCAUCCAUUCCAUGCAACUCCCAACACUUACAAACGGAAGAACACAGAAACAGCAUUAGAUAAUAAGCCCUGUGGACCUCACUGCUAUCAACACCUGGAGGGCGCAAAGGAGUUUGCGGCCGCCCUGACGGCGGAGCGCAUCAAAACCCCCCCGAAGCGGCCGGGCGGGCGCCGGCGAGGGAGGCUGCCCAACAACACCAGCAGGCCCAGCACGCCCACCAUCAACGUCCUGGAGUGCAAGGACACCGACAGCGACAGGGAGGCGGGGACCGAGACCGGCGGCGAGAGCAACGACAAGGAGGAGGAGGAGAAGAAAGACGAGACGUCCAGUUCCUCCGAGGCAAACUCCAGGUGUCAAACACCCAUAAAGAUGAAGCCAAAUAUUGAGCCUCCGGAGAACGUGGAAUGGAGUGGUGCAGAAGCCUCCAUGUUCAGAGUCCUCAUUGGCACCUACUAUGACAACUUCUGUGCAAUUGCCAGGCUGAUUGGGACCAAGACGUGCCGGCAGGUGUAUGAGUUUAGAGUAAAGGAGUCUAGUAUCAUUGCUCCAGUCCCUGCUGAAGAUGUUGAUACUCCCCCCAGAAAGAAGAAAAGGAAACACAGGUUGUGGGCUGCUCACUGCAGGAAGAUACAGCUGAAAAAGGACGGAUCCUCGAACCACGUUUACAACUACCAGCCGUGCGACCACCCGCGGCAGCCCUGCGACAGCUCCUGCCCCUGUGUGAUCGCCCAGAACUUCUGCGAGAAGUUCUGUCAGUGCAGCUCCGAAUGCCAGAACCGCUUCCCUGGCUGUCGCUGCAAGGCGCAGUGCAACACCAAGCAGUGCCCGUGUUACCUGGCCGUGCGCGAGUGCGACCCCGACCUCUGCCUCACCUGCGGCGCCGCCGACCACUGGGACAGCAAAAAUGUCUCCUGCAAGAACUGCAGCAUCCAGAGAGGCUCCAAAAAGCACUUGCUACUGGCACCUUCAGAUGUGGCAGGCUGGGGAAUCUUCAUCAAAGAUCCUGUACAGAAGAAUGAAUUCAUCUCUGAAUACUGUGGUGAGAUCAUUUCUCAGGAUGAGGCAGACAGAAGAGGAAAGGUCUAUGACAAGUACAUGUGCAGCUUUCUGUUCAACCUCAACAACGAUUUUGUGGUUGAUGCAACACGAAAGGGCAACAAAAUCCGCUUUGCAAACCAUUCAGUAAACCCCAACUGCUAUGCAAAAGUGAUGAUGGUGAACGGCGAUCACCGAAUAGGAAUAUUUGCCAAAAGAGCCAUUCAGACUGGUGAAGAACUGUUCUUUGACUACAGAUACAGCCAAGCUGAUGCCCUUAAGUACGUGGGCAUUGAAAGAGAAAUGGAAAUCCCUUGACACCAGCUACCUCCUCCUUUUAAACAAACAGCUGCCUUACCUUCAGGAAUUCCUAGUACUGUGGGCAAUUUCAGACGGAGCGCGAGCGCUGCGGGUUGAACUCCCGUCUUUGCAAAGUACUGUACCGGUAAUUUAUAGUAACACAGGUGAAAACACACAAAAAGACAAGCAACUUUUUAUUAUUGCCUUCUCACCAGCUGCAAAGGGUUUUGUACCA